CUGCGACAGCAGUGAGCCCGACGCGCCGUUCCAGGAUAUUUUCCGCGCGUUAUGAAAGUGCACAACUACCCCUCCCCUUCAUUUGUCAUGCAAAACCCCGAACCCAGUCACUGCAUCAUGGCACUGCUUGCAUGACAAAUUCUAUUGGCCCAAAUAGCACUACGCCCCAGUGUAAAUUUGUCAUGCAAAAGCAGCACUCUUGCUGAUGCUUGUAUUGCCGUUCAUGCUAUACAAAUAAGGGGGAGGGGGAGCUGUGCACUGUCAUACGCGUUGGGCCUUCGGAGAAUUCUCAUCAACUGGCUGUUAGAACAGCAGCAAGCGGUGGUCAACACGUCGGGGAUAUCAAAUGCAAACACGUCUGGGUCUAGAAAAGUGGAACUUGUAAUGCUAGCUUUACAUUCCUGCAAAAUCUGUAUUGCAGAGCCAACAAAUAAGGUCGCAGCCACUGUGUCAUGCAAAAAGGCAGUUUCUGAUGUGGAUUGCGUAUGAGAAAGCGCUCUAGAAUGUUCUCAUGCUGGGCUGCAUUCGGAAGUAGUUCCGUCAUCCACAUUUUAGCAUCACAGGUUUCCAGACCCAGACAUGAUAUUUGCAUUUUAUAUGGGACUUUUCCAACCACCGCCGUGCUUGCCGCGAAUUCCAUCACGACGUUGGCUUGCCAGUUACUCGCGCAAUCGGUCAGGAAACACACGGCGAACCAACUCGAGCUGUUCGAGUUUUUAGAUGAAUUAACAUCGCAGAUAGCAGUGCCGGAUUCUUGCUCUGUCGAGUUUGUUUUAGAGCAGAUGUUUUCGAAUAACGAGCAGAUUGCGUCACAACUAGCGACCAGCGGGGCGAAGACGUUUGAAUCUUUAAUGUCGCCGUUAUUGGAACUGUCGUGCAAGAAACGCCGGAAUUUCAUCGGGCUGAAGGUGUUACAGAACAUGGUGGUGGUGCACGACGCGCCCUUGCCGCUGGCGAAAAGGGUUCUGUUGGAUCUACUACGGGCGGAGAUACCGCCAACAUCUAGUACUUCUGGG